AUGCAAUUACAACAACAACAACUUAAUAAUCAAAGACUAAAAAUAAUAGGAGAUUAUUGUCGUCUUGUUGAUAAAAAAGAAAUAUUAGACUUUUAUUUUCAAAAUUACAGAGAUGAAUGUUUAUUAUUUAAUGAUCAAAAUCAAAAUUGGAAAAAUAUUCAAUUAGGACUUAUUAAACAUUAUGAAUAUUUAAUGGGUAGUAUUGGAAAAAGAUGCGAAUUAGCUUUUCUACUGUUUUCUCUAUUCAACACCACUACAAAUACUAUUUCCAAUUUUAUUUAA